AUGUCAAAGGUAUGCGAGAGGGCUGCUCACACGCAGUUCAUGGACUUUUUGGAUAAAAAACAGCAAGAUAUCCGGCUUACAGGGUGGAAAAAGAAAGUUCCACAUCACUGAAACCGCCUUACUGCACUACACGGACCAGCUCCUUGUGCUGCUCGACAUGUCUAAAGCUUUCGACAGCAUCCAACAUGACAACUUAUUAUCAAAACUGCACUUACUGGGUGUGUCGGCCUCCACGCUAGCCUGGUUCAAGAGUUACCUAUCAUUACGCAAGCAAGUGGCCAGGAUUGGCAGUGACCUAUCCGACCCUCUCCCACUGACAGUGGGUGUGGCCCAGGGGUCCAUUCUCGGUCCAGUUUUGUUCACGUUGUACGUCAACGACCUUCUGCGAGUGCGGAGCCAUAGACUAUGUAGACGACAACAAGCUGCUUUUGACUCUUGCCCCGUUUGACAUCAGCAUUGCCAUUUCUGACCUCAAUAGUGAUCUCCGCGAGAUCGCAAAGUGCUGUUCAACAAACUCUUUGUUAAUUAACCCAAACAAAACUAAGCUCCUCGUUGUUGGCGUUCCACAACUAACUCGAAACUUAUCUUUACCUCCUUUUGUUCAAUUGGGGAAGAACAUCAAGCCCUCUCCUGUUGUAAAAGACUUGGGGAUCUGGAUCGACUCCGCCGUAACUAACCAUGUAUCUAAACUGUCCUCGAGCUGCCUGUAUAAUCUACGUGGUAUCAAUAGAAUUAAACAUCAUUUGGAAAACAAAACACUUUGUUUAAUUAUCAAGGAUCUUUUUUUUAGCAGGCUUUUUUUUUUAUUGUUCUAGUGUAUGGGGUAACACCUCCAGCAAAAACAUUUCUAAGCUUCAACUUAUCCAGAACUUUGCUUGCAGAAUCAUCCUAGGUAUCAAAAAAUUUGUUCAUUCUCUGCCGCGCGCAAAUCCCUUGGUUGGCUAA